AUGGCGACGGAAAAAGACGCCGAACGCGGCGACGGGACGCUCGCGAGGCGGUCGAGCCUGAGCGAGAGCUUCAGCGAGCACGAUCGAGGGCAGAUCGUGAAUCACGCGGCGCUGUGGACGGCGCAGUUGAUUUGGGCGCUCAUGCACGUGCUGAGCCACGACGCGCUCGAGCACGUCGAGCCGACGGCGUUCUGCGCGCUCAGGCUCGCGCUGGCGCUGCCGUUUCUGGCGAUAUCGGCGAGGAAGGAGGGCGGGAGUCUGCCGUGGCGCGCGGUCGCGACGUGGGUGGUGCCGAUGGGGGCGAUGAUCGGCGCGGCGUAUCUGUUGGUCUUCGUGGCGAACGCGCGCUCGGGACCGACGCUCGUGGCGUGCGUGCAGCCGAUCAUGCCGGUGUCGGUGGCGGUGAUGAGUUAUGUGAUAGGAUUGGAGCGCAUGACGCGCGUGAAGGCGCUGGGCGUGAUCGUCGUUUUCGCGGGAACGGUCACCGCGCUGCGCGCGUACGAAAUUUUUCAAACGGGCGGGAUGAAUUUUUUGGACAUCUUUCUCUUGCUGUCGCAGACGAAUUCGUACGCCGUCUACGUCGUGAUGCUCGGCGUGGCGACGAAAACGUACCCGUAUCCAUUGCUGUUCUUAUUCCUCGCCACCGCCGUGGCCGAGUUCGUCGUCUUGCUCAUCGCGAUUCCGGCGUUCGCCCGACUCGACGUCUCCCGCGUUCCCGCGUCCGCCUGGGGCGCCGUCGUCUUCGCGGGAUGGGGCUCGUCCGUCUUCGCCCACUCCCUGAAUUCUUGGGCCGUCGCUCGCGUCAAGGGCGUCUUGCCCACCGUCUACUCCGGCGUCCAAGUCAUCUUCACCAUCGUUCUCAGUCGCGUGUUCCUUCGCGAGCGUCUGCCGUGGGAUCGAGGCGUCGGCAUCGCCGUCACCAUCCUCGGCGUCUGUUUAGUCGCGCGCGCCAAGUACGCCGAGACGCCCGACGCGACGCGUCGCGACGCGCCCUCGCGCUCGUGCGGCGCAUAG